AUGACUCCCCGGGAGCACAUGAGGAAGAUGUCCAUCCUGGGUGAACAGGGAACACUGGAGGAAAAGCACCUGUACCGGCUGGCAGGCGGCAUGGCAGCAGGAGAACUGCGGCAGCGGCAGGAGAUGCUAAUGAGGAACCAGCUGAUGGCAGUAAACCCGCAGCUGAUGGGGCCGGCCCAGCAGAGGAUGCAGGCGAUCCCCGCCCAGUUUGAGCCGCGACUGGUGGACAGAGAUCUGUUACCUUCAAGUGAAAUGAUGGCCUCAGCUGACCCCAGACAAAUCCACAUAGCAUCCCACCUGGGACCCACAGUACCACAGCACCCCAACAUGCCAAACCUGCUGUCCAACCGUGUCUACCCUGGCCCAGGAUACAGCUUUCUACAACCAGAAUCCAUGGAAGCUGUGGCCAGAAGACAAGAACUGGUACAAAAGCAAAAUAUUGCCAGAAUGGAAAUGGAGAUGAGUGCUAUUUUUCAGCAAAAGGAAAUGGAGAAAGCCCAUCGGAAAGGACUCCUGGGCCUGGAAGCCCCUUUCCUUUACCAUGGGAUGCCAGCCAGUCCCAUUGCUUUCCGUGGCAGGCACAGACUCCCUGAAGGGCACCUUGCCAACGACCUGUAUGUCCAUCGUACCACCCUGGAUGAAAUCCAUGGCAACACCAUGCUCAUGGCAAGCAGCCCGUACCCGCCAGUCACCACACUGCAGAGGGAGAGGGGACGGCGCCCAGGGAGAAGAGCUGGAAAUCACAAAACUGCCGAGGGCAGUGCCAAUGGCACAAAGAACCAGACAGAUGACAAAUCCACGGACUCUGCCUCAGCUGCAGUGGAUGAUGAGAAAGAAGACAAGAAAGAAGUAGAGGUGGAGACACCAAACAAACAUGAGCAGAGCAAAAACCAGACUGAGCCAUCUGCAGUUGCCAAGAACUGCAAAGAGUUUGAACAAGGCUUGAGAAAAAACUGUGCUUCUCAUGAAAUUCCUACUGAAACCACCAGCUGCAGCAACACAAAUGAGAAGGAAGCCAACAGCUCCUGUGCUGCAUUUGAUGACAAGUACCUGUACCCUUCUGCAAUCCCAUUCUCAGCGUUACCAUAUGGAUUUCCAGUGCCCAACAACCCAUUGCUACCUUCAGGAGCUCAUGGCCUGAUCCUGAAUGGAGAAGACAUUUCUUCCAUUGAAGACAUUCGCAAGUGGACAGUUGAUGAUGUGCACAACUUCAUUGUCAGCCUCCCAGGCUGCUCAGAUUAUGGCCAGAUAUUUAAAGACCAUGCUAUUGAUGGAGAAACCCUUCCACUGCUAACAGAGGAACAUCUCCUGGAUACAAUGGGAUUAAAACUUGGACCAGCAUUAAAAAUCCGCUCUCAGGUGUCCCGACGCCUGGGCAACGUGUUCUACAUGAUGAAUGUCCCUCUGUCCAUGCCCCUGCCUCCUGCUCCAGGGAAACCCUCAGAGCAGCCCUCUGACAUGGCCUCCCCCCUGCACUGCAACAGCAGUGGUGACACCCUGGACAGUCCCUGCUCCCAGGACCCAGAAACCUCCCAAGCAGUGGAACAGAUUGCUUCAGAAAGCAGGGAAAAUCCAUGUGACACAGCUGGAUCCCAGGCUGAGUUCCAGAUGAUUGCUUUCCAGAAAACUUGA